GUGGCAGAGCCCGAGAACAGCUGCAGCAGAGGCGGACGGAUUUUCCAGCUACUUCCCUGGUCCAUAUGGAACGAGCUGGUCUCUGUCUGUGGAUUAUUAGACCUUGAGGCUGUUUAAUGACACAUCAGCUGUACUUUUUGUUGUCAUCGCCGAAGCUGCUCAUUAAUGGCGUUAGUUAGCUGUUCCGUGAGGCCGACAGCAUCACCUGCCCACCUCUUUAUGGUGGAGCUGUAGAACCCACCUGUGGGCCCGUGUUUACUUCUUAACACUGUACAUUCAUAUAAGCCUACUGGAUAUGAGUGGGGUUAACCGGGGUAAGAAGAAGCCCCACCACUAUAAUACCCCUCCCGAACGCAAUUAGUUUUCAUCUCAGGUCUUUUAUUUGCAAUGACAGGGGUGUUGCUAAACUUUAAUUGGCAUUUCAAUUAUCUUACUGGUCUGAGGAAAUACAAAAGUUAGCACAAAAUAAGUGUCUGUGGCUUUUAUAUGAAUAUACAUCUGCACAUUUUCUUUACUGCUAACUUGAGAGUCGUAUGGAGGAUUAUAUAUUAGUUUGAGCUAAAAAAAAACAAAACAAAAAAAACAUACUUUUACUGUCAUGUGUGAAACCGUUAAUUGUUGUUUUUUCCAUAAAUUAUGUUCACCAGACUCUAAUACAACAACAUUCAAGCUAGCCAGCAUUAAAAAUUUACCAUUUUCUGUCUAGAAUGCUAAAUAUACCUGAUUUUAUAUUUAGCUAGUAGGGCUAUGCUAUACUAGCUUGUUGUAACAAGUAGUGCUCUAUAAUUCUUGUCUAGUGUCGGCUAAGCAUAGCAUUUGAUUUUGCAUUAUUUUUAUAUCAGUACUUUAAAUAUCAUUGGUAAUAAUGUUUUAGUAAAGUUAUAACUUUUGUCCAAUACCAAUCAGCCUUUAAUUAAUUAGUGGCAGUAGUAAAAGUUAAAUCAAAAGUAAUUUCUGUAGGUGCUAGCUAAGAUUUUCAGUAUGUGGCAGUUAAAGUCAGCAACAUCAAAACUUUUAAAUAUAGUCAAUGUUCUGCAUAAAUAAGUUUAUAUAGAUUUAAAUGAUUACUUAUGUAAGAAGAAGAUACCUCUUUCCAAGAUAAACAUUUAGUGGAAUAAUAACAAAGUUGUAGACCGUUACGAUUUCAUUACCCCUUGAAUUUAUUCACUUAUGCAUACUUGAUGUGUAUAUAAGUGUAUAAAUAUUCAAAGGUUAAUGAUCUAUAUUAGACACCGUUCUUGAGGGGGACGUCUUUUGCCUAUUUACCUUACCACAUAUAGAUACAUAUAUAUUUUGGAACUGACAAAGUAAUACUACAAGCUAAUGUAAUUUGCUUUAUAAACCGAAAAUGUCAAAUUUGAAUAUGCGUAAGCUCAGUAGCGAUGCAAAAUUUUUAUAUCUCAAAUUUUGUAGACAAAACUGACAAUAAAAAAAACUUUUCUUGUUACUCUCGAUAAAUUUGUGAACAUGGUUGAGCUCCAGACAGUACGUUAAACUUUGCUACACUACUGCUGCACAUUCAGCUCCAUGAAAGGAGCUACUUUUUGAUUUGGUUAUGAGCUGAUUCACAUCCAGUCUGUGGGCUUAAACUGCUCUUUCAGCCAUGUCUUAUCUACACAUUCAGCCCAGUGUGUGUUUUUCCACCUGUAGGGACCUGGUCAGGGUUGGUUUUCUUUAUAAAGUUCCUGGUGUGUAAGCGCAAACUGGAGAGUAAGAAAGAGGCGCUGCUCAUUCUGUCCAAAGAGCUGGAUACCUGUCAGCAGGAACGAGAUCAGUACAAACUGAUGGCCAACCAGCUGCGAGAACGCCAUCAGGGACUCAAGAAGAAGUACAGGGAACUCAUUGAUGGUGACCCCUCUUUGCCCCCAGAAAAACGCAAUCAAGUGAACCUGGCUCAGCUGCUGAGGGACUCGAGGGAACGAGCGAAGCAGCUUGCUGAGGAGGUGAAGGAGCUCACUCAGAGGCUUGCAGAGGCCCAGGGAGAUAACAAGCUCCUGAGGAUGACCAUUACUCGACAGAGGCUGGGGGAUGAGGAGGUCGGAGUGCGCCACUUCCCUGCACAUGAACGUGAGGAUUUGGUUUGCCAGCUGGAGAGAGCAGGGCUACAGAUGGAAGAGAUGGAGCACAACAUGAAGGCCCUGACAGACGAGCUGCAGGACGUGAAGGCGGAACGCAGUGUGUUCAGGGAGAAGGCCGACCGGCUGAACGUGGAGCUUAACCAUAUUUUGGGGAACCGUGAGGCUCGCAUCAUUGAUGUGGAUGCCCUUUGCAUGGAAAAUAGGUAUUUGCAUGACCGUUUCAGCCAACUACAAGAGGAGGUGAACCUGCUGAAAUCGAACAUAAUGAAGUACAAGACAGCCCUUGAGAGGAGGAAAAACUCGAGCACAUAUGGGAAAUCAAACAACAGUCCCCUCACUGGUGUCCUCUCAGCCAAACAAGUGCAGGAGAUGCUCCUAGAGGAGCAGGGCUGCAGCCUGCCGGCCACGCCUCAGUCCAUCUCCGACCUCAAGUCCUUGGCCACUGCUCUGCUGGAGACCAUCCAUGAGAAGAAUCUGGUCAUCCAGCACCAGAGGCACACCAACAGGAUUCUGGGAAACAGAGUUGCAGAUUUGGAAAGAAAGCUGAAGACCUUGGAGGUUUCAGGAUUAUGGAGUCUUCCGGGCUUGACCUACCACGUAUCCGUGGGAAUUGGGAGGACACGAGACAAUAUCGCACUGAAUGAAAACCUUCAACCUGAGCUUCAUCCAACACGUGUCACAUCUCAGCUAAACUUGCAUCCCAAAAAGCAGCCACACAAAGUUCUGUCAGAUGGCAGAAGUUCACAUGAAUCAUCUUGGGAAUGCCACACCGCUGGCACUGACCUUCGCACAGAUGGCAUCAGCAGGGAACACACACCUGCACUGCACAACAGUCUGGAACCUCUUGAGGAGGUGGAGACAAAUGGGAUUGACAGGAGAGGGGGAGAAAUGGUGACCCUGAUGGAGGAUCUGGUCGCUGCCGAGCUGGAGGAGGGGCGGAGUCCGGUGGAAGAGGCAGGGCACGAGGUAGAAGGAGUCGAAGAUGAAGAGGUGGGCUCCACGGUGGAGGAAGGAGAGGAGGCGGCGCUGGCGCUGGAUGUCCCGCCCACUGAAUCAGACCUUCAUUGGCUGUCGAUUGAAAAAGCCACCGUCAAUCAUUCAGAGGUGGGUCAUUGGCCCUGUGAAUCCCAAGACAACGGGUCUGAUGAUGUACCUGAGCAUGAAGAAGGCUCAGUAUCAAUUCCAGAAAGCCGGGCCGCAGAGGUGUCGAGUACAGGCGAGUGGGACAUUCACUGUUUGUCUGCACAGACUGACACCCGUCUAGAUGACAACUUGGCAUGAUCUGCGCCCCCUCAAAGAUUUUAAAAGCUUAUUUAAAUGCUUGUCAUUGUUUCUGAUGAUUGCAUUAAUCAUCCUUUGCUGCAUUCCCACAACACAACCACUGCUCACUUGCUCUCUCCUCCGGUGAGCAGCUCUGCUCGAGUCAGUAAAACCGAGACAAAACGACCACAAAGUCCAAGGUGUACAUUGUAUCUAGACAAGCUUGAACAAACAAAAUCUUGAAAUCAAUGGAGCUGUAAACUUCAUACCCUACAGGAAGAAUUUAGCUGGGAGAACAACAGAUAUGGCAGCAUCAUCUCUUGUGCCCCAUAUUCCCCUCUGCCCUUCCCCUGCGAUAAGAUAAUCCCAAUUGUUUGCUCUCUUACUCUUCCUAAGGGAUGCCACUACACUGAAUGCUGCAUUUUUUUGUGACUCUGAAAGGCAUUCCAAAUCGGCGCACCAAAACUUGUAAUGAAUGUGUUGUACAUACUUGUGAAUUAACAACCUUCAUAUUAGAGGUUCUAUUGAUGUCUGUUCAUCUAUAAUGGUGUCUUACUAAUCUGUCAAUUUAUAUUGUUUCCUUAUUUAACAGUUGAUAUUUUUCUGGGACUACAUGUGCCUUAUAUGUGGAAAUACGCACUAUUUAUAAAUAUAAAUGCAUAAACCUACA